AUGGGAAAUAACUCUCAAAUGGAAACAUGUGAAAGUGAAAGUGGAUGGGUCAACGGAAGCAGGAAGAGAGAAUAAAGCUAAAAUUCCACAAAAUAAAAUUUUAAUAUCUGAACAUGAAACGACGCAUCAUAAACAGAAAGAAACACGUAACCUUAUUUUUGCUACUAUUGUUUCUAGUGUCACCUGUCAAUUGUUUGGGGCCGUUUUCAAACCUUUACAAGGAAGUGGCUGGUGCCGUUACCGGUUUUGUGGCUUCUGUUUAUUAUUCAGUUAAAUCAAAGUUUGGCAGUGAAUGUGAUAAUUAUUGGAUUACUAAAAACACAACAGGUUUACAGACUAUACUAGAUAAAAAAUUAUAUGGACAACAUCUUGUGUUACAAGCUGUAGUAAAUCAUGUUAAAGCCCAUGUCCAUAAUUCAAAUCCAUCAAAGGCAUUAGUUCUAUCUUUUCAUGGUGGAACAGGGACUGGUAAAAACCAUGUGAGUCGAAUUAUAGCUGAAAAUGUAUACAAGAAAGGAAUGAAGAGCAAACAUGUCCAUCUUUUAUCAGCUACAAAAGAAUUUCCUCAUAACGAAAUGAUACAUUUUUAUAAGAAUCAAUUAAGGAAUUGGAUUGAGACAAAUGUAUCAUUGUGUAAACACUCUAUGUUUAUAUUUGAUGAAAUGGAUAAAAUGCCUGCUGGUUUGUUAGAUACUAUUAAACCAUAUAUAGAUUACUAUGAACAACUAGGUGGUGUCAACUACAGACAUGCUAUCUUUAUAUUUCUUAGUAAUACAGCCGGAACUGAUAUAAUAGAAUACAGUUAUAAACAUUGGUUGAGUGGAGAACCAAGAAGUAAUAUUAAACUUAAACAAAUAGAAGCCAUUAUAACUAAAUCUUCUGUUAAUGCAGAAUCUCAGAGUGGAUUAUGGCACAGUGAGUUAAUUUCAAAACAUCUUGUAACAGCAUUUCUACCAUUUCUUCCCUUGGAGAAGACACAUGUUCGAGAAUGUAUUAAAGAUACACUGGUUUCAAGAGGCUAUUACAACCUUUCUCUACAUAAGAUACCAGAAGAGAUCAUUAUAGAAGUGCUAGAUGAACUUACUUUUUUCCCGGAAGGAGAAGAGAUUUUCUCUGUCACUGGUUGUAAGCGUGUAGCCGAAAAAGUAGACUAUGUUAUGACCAGUUAGUGAACAAAUAGUUUCAUGAUUUGUAAAUAUGCUUUAUGGUUGAAACCUUUUUUUGAAUUUGACUUGAGAAUGGCAUUGGUAUGAAGGGUGAAACAAUUUCAAAUAAAGAUGUCUGAACCAUAAGACAUAUUAUAAACAAAGUUCUGAUUAUCAUUUAAAAUUAGCAUGAUCCUUGUCUCAAUCAUAGUUGUUGUGAUUCUGACAUUAAAAUUAAUCCUCAGAAAUCUACCUGUCUAUUAAUGGACUGUUUCAGUGAAAUGACGUCACCAUCAUGGUUAGACAAAUUUCUCAGUGUCGUCAUAUUGUCACAUGACAUAGUGCUAUUUCAGUGUAUUUGAAUAAUAUAUUGAUACACCUCACUUCAAAUUCAAAGUUUAGUCUGCACUGUAUAUUUGUCGACAUUUUUUGAUAACUGUUUUGUUGUUUUUCUUUAUAAUAAGGCUAAAGAUCUAUGUAUAUUUGGUAUUGUAUGGAACCACGGUGGCUAUGUGAGUAAGACAUUGGCUCGCUAACCUGGAGGUCCUUUGUUCGAUCCCUGCAUUGGCCAAGAAAGUGCAUCAGGAUUUCCCGGUGUUCUUCCCCCCUGUCAGUGGUGCAGAGCAGAGGGCCUGGCAAGGGACAAUAUAUAGUUGUUCAGAUGGGACAAAAAAAAAACAAGGUCCAGUGUACACAUUUGCGUAAAAGAUCCCUUGGAAGUUUGAAUUCAAUAUAAGAGUAGGCCGUACCGUCGCUGUCCAGGCAAAAAUUCCCCUCAUACCACACUGUAUGGCGUAUGCCCAUCUUCAUUAGCCCAGUUGGAGCAGAAAAGUAGGACGUUAAACUUAAACCCCAUUUCAUUUCUUUUGGUAUGGUAUAAUUGACAACAUCUGCAGAAAUGCCAACUCUAGUUAAACUUCCUAUUAUUUAAAAAAAAUAUACAACCUAAUGGUCACACGACAAGCAGAAAUGUCAUGAGAGUUACCUCCCUUAAGCAAAAUUCUGUAACUGUAAAACAAUUGAAACUAAAAUUAGUAGGAUUCAAGCUGGACUCAAAGAGGUAACUUUUGUGUUAGAUCUGUGUAGAUAUUUUGGGGAAGAUGAAAAGAAGUCUGAAUCAUUGUUUAGGUUUGAGGAAAUUGUAAUUAAUUAAUAAAUAGUUGAUUAAUUCAAUGGAUUUUGGUGCAUUUUCAUAUUUCUAGCAAUUAUAUGUCAAAUCAAUUUGCUUGCUUUAUUUGUUUGUAUAUUUGAAUAGUUAAUUUCAUUAAAUGAAUAUUAUUAACUAUUUCCUGUAGGGGAAUAACAACUUAUUACUUGAUGAGUCAUUUAGAUUAGUCUGACAAUACCUAUUUAAAUUCACCUAUUUGUGUGAAUAUUACUGUUUAAAUCAUUCAAUAAUGAAAUCUCAGAUUGCCCUGCUUUAUAUAUUGUUGUAUAUACAUGUAUUGUAAAAUAAAUAAAGGUUGUGUAAUUAAGAAAUUUAUCAAUUAUAUCAUUGUAAAGUACUAGAAUGUUCUACCAUAAUGUGUUUCAUGACAUGUAAUAUAAAUGUUGAAAGUAGCCAUACCAGAUUUAUUUGUGUAAAUAAAACUGAUUAAUUUUGUGUGAAAGACACUUGAAUUCCUUUAUCCUAGUCCAUGAAGCUCUGUGAUACUUAUUCAAUAAAAAACAGCAAGUCUGUUUCAAUAUCACCGGAAACCAUUUUGUCAUUGCCUGCAAUAUUAUGUCUAGGUAGAACAUUAUACAGGUCACAAUUAUAGGCUUCUCUAGUCCUUAUCUAGUAAAUGCUUGUCGAAAGGUCGCUCAGUAAUAAGCAGUUAUCGUAUUUCAUAGAAUUCCAGUUCAAUUAUGAAAUCUCAUUGAAACAAUUUGGAUAGACCAUAUCUAUAGACCACACUUUCAAAGGCACUGUAUUGUUGUAUUGUAUUCAUCAAGUCACAUAUUAGAGGGGGAAUCAGGAUUAAGUUGUGGCAUUCAUUUCUAAACAGUUAAAUAUUUUAAACAGAAACUCGAAAGGGAGGGAGACAAACAAAUGGUUAAUUUUUUUGUUCAAUUAUUUGGAUGGGAGAAUAAAAAAACGAAUGAUGGUUUUGGCUAUUUUGAUGUGACAUAAUAGAAAUUUUACAGUUUAUCAUAUCAUAAUUGUACAUGAAUAAACUUUAUUAAUAACUUGAUGGCUUUAUGUAAAAAAAAUUAAAAGAGUUGUAAUGUACAGAAAUUUAUUUCAAUUAAAACAAGUGUUGAUUAAAAUCAAAUGUAAUAAAUAAAUAAAAUUUAACA